AGCGUCGCGUCGGGAGCGUCACCUGUCGAGAGAUCUGCGUCGAUCGCAUCCCCCUGGAUUCUAGUGCGGAGGGUGCAAAAGACGGAGUUGCCGGUGUCGCAGUCUCCGAAAUUGGAUGACACGGGCAGCGUGAGUCACCCACUCGUGCAGCAGCAGCAGCGCCGCAGGAGGCGAGGGGCAUUGGCCUUGCUUGGCGUUUUCAAAAGCUCAGCAGCUAUCGAGUUCGCUUGCUUGCUUGCUUUCGGUUAGUCGUGCAUGAAGAAAAGGGUGUGGUGGUCAGCUUUUCGCGCCGGACACUAGCUGCUGGCCGCACGGCCCGCCGAGAGAUGCUCAGCACCGUCGUGUCCGUGCUACUGGUGCUUCUGGGGCUGCAGGGGUGGCUCGGCGCGGCCCAGGAGGGCGCUCGCCUCCCCUGGGACCAGACCAGAAGUCCACUCGACCAGCAACAGCAGAGGGAACAAUAUGAGAAUAACAGACGGUUUGGCGAGUACGUGGACAACAACCAGCAGCGCAACUGGGGCUACCCUGACCGCGGCUACGGCCACCAGCAACCGGGAGGCGUCGGCUUUGAUGGUCACUACUUCAACACGCGGCUGCGGGGCGGCGUUGGCGCCGGAGGCGUCGGGGGCAACUUCUACGGCAAUCGGUACGACGACCCGCAACACCCGACACCCUUCCCGCAGCCGGGCAUCCUGGCAGGGUGGCGGCCCGACCUGCAGGGUCGUCAGCGACCCGACUCGAUCAAUUUGAUCAACGACCGCGACGUCUACGUCAGCACGCCGUUCGGCCAGAUCCAGGGCUUCAAGGUGCACCUCUACGACAACCCCAAUCCGCUGUCCUACUACCGGCCGGGACAGUCGCCCGUCGACCGCAUCCAGGGCAACUGCAGCGUCUUCCUCGGCAUUCCUUACGCCCAGCCGCCUGUCAGGGAAGGCCGAUUCAAGCCACCAAGGGCUCACAAGGGCUGGCAGCUUCUGCAAGCCGUUGAUUUUGGUCCAGCCUGUCCUCAGCCUCUAAAUAAUAUCGGUGCAACGAAGGGAAUACGAGACGUUGAUGAGGACUGCCUCUACCUGAAUGUUUACUCACCACAUACCCAGUCAGGCCUCGCACAACCUUUUCCUGUGAUGGUCUACAUCCACGGUGGUGAUUACCAGAAGGGAGCCUCAAACCUGUUCCCAGCACAUGUACUGGCGUCGUUUUAUGACGUGGUCGUCGUCACCAUCAAUUACCGUCUCGGCGCCUUGGGUUUUUUGAGCACGGGAGAUGAAAAUUCGCCAGGAAAUUACGGAGUACUCGAUCAAGCAAUGGCUUUGCGCUGGGUGCACGAGAACAUUGAGUUUUUCAACGGAGACAGAAAUCUGAUCACGCUGUUUGGGCCUGGAGCGGGCGCUGCUUCCGCCGGGCUGCUCAUGGUGGCGCCGAGAACCAGACAACUCGUGUCGAGGGUCAUUGCCCAGAGUGGAUCCGCUUUGGCUGACUGGGCAAUAAUUGAGGACGUGUACCGCGUUCAAAACACAAGCCGCGUGUUCUCCCGUCUUCUCGGCUGCAACAUCGACUCAUCUUGGAACAUCGUCAGCUGCCUCAAGCAACGCCAUUUCCACGAGCUGGGAAAUGCAGAGUUUCCGCCUGAUGUUGGCACCUUCCCUUGGGCACCUGUGCUGGACAAAGGCUUCAAAGUGGCCGAAGACAGCUGGUUUGACGGCUGGAAGGAGAAGGACUGGCGCAUGUUCCAGGAAAUGCCUGAGAAGUCGAUUAAAAAGGGUGACUUCAACCAUGGACUCUCUUACCUGAGCGGCAUCACACAUGAUGAAGCUGCCUUUUUCAUCCACAACAAUGAAAGUCUGGCACCAGACUAUGAGGUUGAUGAAAAAUUCUUCGACCAGAAGAUCAGGGAGUUUGUCUUCAAAUACAACUACACGCUGAAUCCAGAGGGCGUUUACGACGCAAUUAAAUACAUGUACACCUACUGGCCCGAUCCACACAAUGUUACGCACAUCCGCGAGCAGUAUAUCAACUUUCUCUCUGACUUUUUCUACCGGGCGCCGAGUGACAAGAUGGCCAAACUGCUUGUCGAGAAGAACAUUCCAGUGUUCCUGUACCACCUGAACACGUCCGUUGAGGCCCUGAGGGCGCCUUACUGGCGCAGGGUGCCCCACGACACGGAAUAUUUCUUCCUCACUGGAGCACCUUUCAUGGACCACGAAUUCUUUCCCUUGAAGUUGAGACUGGAGAAUGUAAGGUGGACCGACAGUGACAGGAACAUGAGCCACUUCUUCAUGAAGGCCUACUCGUUCUUCGCACGAUACGGUCAUCCUUCGCACGAGCAAAUUCUUGGUUUGCACUUCCAGCCUGCACAGACUGGUCGGCUCUACUAUCUCAAUCUCAACACGACCUACAACUCCAGCAUCAUGGUCAACUACAAUCAAAAAGAGUGUGCCUUUUGGUCCAAUUAUUUACCCAGCGUGAUUGGAAUUCUGGUGCCAACCUAUCCUCCCACCACUGAGUUUUGGUGGGAACCAAACCAGCCGAUUCAGGUUGCAUUUUGGAGCAUCACGUCGAUUUGCGUGCUGCUGCUCGUCAUCAUAUUCAUAUGCUGCGUGCUUUGGAGAAAAGCAAUAAGGGAUAACUCGGACCUGUACAGCAGCCGCGUGCUGAUCGACCGCGACAACGAGAGCCAUCUGGACACGUACGAGUUCAGCUCGCUGCCGCUGGAGAAGCCGCAGGCGGCCCCGGCGGCCCCGCGGCCGGCGCUUGCCGUGCAGUCGCACCCGAUGCCCCAGCCGCGGGGCAACCACGGCCCCACGAAGGCGAUGAGCACGCCGUCCCUGCGCAGUGGCGGCAGCAACUCGUCCCUCAGGGGCGACGCCUCCUCGCUCAGGGACGAGUACACCACCUCGUCCAGCAGACCUAGUCUCAACCCGCACAACACCAGGUACCCCAAGUCCCAGAAACAGAUGCUGCACGACCUCGUGCCGCAAACGCAAGUGUAGUAAGACUAUUUUAAAAUGUAGCAGGGUUCCUCGUGUGCAAAGCCUCCGCGGUGUUUGUUAAAUAAUAAAGGAACUGCGGGGUCCGGAGGUUUUGGUGCACAAGUGAGGGUGUUGAGUCAAAAUUUGAAACCGUCCAUUAGAUUUUUAAGAUGCGCAGGAUAUAGUUUAAGGACUCGGAGAACAGAAUUGAAAGAUUUGUUUGGUCUAAAGCGAGGAGAAAAUUCUAUUUAAUGGUGAAAAUUAAAUAAAGGAAGCUGAAGAUUACACGUUAAAUUGUAAUUGGAAAUAAGAAAAAAUUGAGUUACGUUUUUCUGUUUUAUGAUUUUUUUUAAAUUUAGUCCAGCAACGUGCAGUUAAAAGAUUUAUUACAUAAACAAUUAAGAAUUCUAAUUUUUGGAAAAAAAAAUCGAAAGUUUCAAUGCUUGACAUUGGCUCUUCUCGUCAACAUCUAAAACAAAAACCCAAAAAUAUUAAAGAAUAUGAUUUUAUUUUCAAAAAUUUAAAUAAAUUUGUUUUAAUUAAAUACUAAUUGAUCUUUCUUGUUUUCCCUCAUAAUUAUAUUAAUUUAUGUUUCUUGCAGUGGAAAUUUUUGGCUUUAAUCUAUACAUUUCUGGAAUUCUUUAAAACUUAAUCAAAGUCCUCUUAGUUAGUUUGAAACAUUUGUGUAAAUUUUAAACUGUUUGCUUCACUAGCUGUUUAUUACAUAAAUAUUAUUUGUUGAAUUUUCAAAUUGCAAUUAGGCCAAACAAAAAAUAUAUUUUUGAGUUUUAAGAGUCCUAGUGUUUAAAAUUAAGGAAAACAAUGGACAGUGUGCAAGUGCUCAAAAGUCCACGUGCAAUGAUCUUCAGUUACACUGCCUUUGAAACGAGUUCAUCAUCAUUUAAUUGUUGGUGCAGUUUGCAGAUAACGUGUUCGUGUUACUGCCAAUCUGCAAAUCAAAAUUAAGAAAAUGUGUUACUUAUUUUUCACCUGUUAAAUUGCAGUAGAUUUUCAACAACUUUAUCAGUAUUAAUGUGUAUCAAUAGCAGUUUAAUUGCCUGUUAACAUGACAUAAUAGACCGUGUGGUUACAGUUUAUUUGACAAUAAUAGGGUAAAUAUCCUAGAUUCAGCAAUAUGAUAGAUUAAUUAUUUGCAGAAAUAGAGAGUGAUUGCUUUGUGAGGAAUUGUAUGUUAAUUUUAUAUCUACGCAGAGAGGUUUACGUAUAAUGUAUACGUUUUUGUACUGCAAUAAUACUUCUUGUAAAAAAAUCUUUUCUACAAAAUCAAAUAAAUAAUGCUUUGAAAGCGA